CGAGAGAAAAGCGGAGACGGGCAGACAUCAUUUCUCUCUCAGCGUCUUUGGACUAUCCACACGGAGGCAAAGAGCUAAGAAUAAAUAAAUAAAAAACCUUUUUUUCUGAACAGGAAUAUAUUAUAAUUCACUAAAUAACCAUGGCCGACACAGCUGUUGACACGACUGCAACUGCAGAGGUUACCGCCAAGGAGCUGAAAGAGAAGAAAGAAGUAGAAGUGGUGGUGGAGGAGGAGAAGAAGAAGACCGACAACGGGGACGCACCUGCCAAUGGCACAAAUGGUGCUGAUCACAGCGACAAAGUGGAAAAACCCACAGAGGAGAAACACGAGAAAAAUGGAGAUGGGAAAGAAGAGGAGGCGCCCCCUGCUGAGGAGACUGAAGCACAGCCUGUGAAGCGUGCAGCUGAAGAGGAAGAGGAGAAAGUGGAGACAAAAAAGCAGAAGACAGAGGAAAAUGGAGAUUCAAAAGAGGCAGAAGUGGAGGCUUAAGUCUCUGCCCUGCUACUUGUUUGCAGCACUGUCUUACCAGCCUGGUCAACAUUGUGUUGUAGAGCUUGUGCUUUCUGUACCUUUUGAGAAAUAUUUCUUUUUGUUUGCUCCCAUGUUAUCACAUUGCACUGGAGUCCUGAAACAUAGUGGCCCUGCAUUCUUUUUUUUAUGAAAUGUUAUUUAUUGGUCUUCAAAAUGAGCUUUUUUUUUUAUUACUUGUACAAAUAGGGCCACACCAUGAGAUCUUUUUUUUUUUUUUUAAAUUUCUUGAGGUUUUAUAUCAGUAUGUUAGAAGCACAAUCUCUGAUGUCAGUGCUGACCAGAUGAUUCAUUCAUAUAGGCAGCUGCUCACCUCCUCCCAGGCUCAUGUUGACCUCUCAGAUUCACUUAAAGGACCAAAGAUAAGUUUUAAGCAGGGGCUAAUGGACAGUUGUUAGCAUUAUUAGUUGAGGCAUGAUUUUUUUUUGUGUUGAGCUGCUAUUUAAUCCUUGGCUUGGCUGCCCUGUUAACAUAACAGAUGGUGCAAAUGAAUAAAGGUGCUCUGUCUUGUGCCUCCAUGAUGAGAUUACUUGAUCUUGUGUUUGGAGGCAGGAUUUUGCGAUGUUAAUUAACCCCUCUUAAAUCUUAAAGCUUUGGUCAUUUGUUCUGUAUGCAUUCCACGCAAGUUUGUACCAUUUAUACUUUGUUUUUCUUACAUUUUCAAUGAGUUUUAUGUUAAUGGCUGGGUGGCCCAGUUUUGUGUCCAAGACUGCCUUUUUCAGAACCAGAAUGACAUUCGGUUACUUCAGCCACUGCUUUGUAUAUUCUGAUUAACAAAUAAAUUGUCUUUUUACUUAA